CUCUCUCAUACACAGAGACGUAGACAGGAUAUAAAGAAUGUGAAGUCAGGAUGGCAGUUGCGAGCGCAAUGUUGUGUGCUUACUUCUGUGCUCUUCUUCCUGCUAUUGCUGCAGAAAGUGGUCUUGGAGAAUCGCUAGGUUCUGGUGCCUGUGCAGAUGCUGAACUGGACACCAACUUCACGUGUGUCGUUCGAAUGCCAGUCUUCCAAAUAAAUAUCUUAAUUUGCAACAUCACAGUGAUAGAGAUGAACAUGAAUAAUGUUGGGUUUACUGUGUACGGAGAACAUACCCGUGCAUGCUCAAUGGAGAACCAACUGCAAGGCAACUGUCCUAUAGACAAUGAUGAACUCCUUCAACCUGUGGAAGUUUGCUUGGUCACAACGCUAAUGAAACAGCAAUGCAAGGAAUGCCAUAAUGUGAUCGCAGUUCAUAUCAUUAAACCUGAAGCACCAUUCAACUUACAAAUCACAUACCAAGAAGAGGCAAAUGAGUAUUAUAUUAAUUUCUCAACCCCACACUCAGGACCAUACCUUGAGAAUAAACUAAUACAUGAACUAGCCUACCGGCAGAGAAACACAAUCUGGACUACCAGAGAGUCUGAGUACCUUACAUUAACGCUUCUGGCAAAGGAAUUUCAGCCGGGAGCAACAUAUGAGAUGAAAGUCCGGUCAAAGCCCAAUGGAAAUUAUUUCAAAGGCACGUGGAGUGAAUGGAGUUCUGCAAAAUCCUUCAAAACUGCAUCCAGAAUGCCUGUUGAAAUAAAUAAUAACAACAAUGUUAUCAUGAUGACUGCAACCGUUUUAUGCUUCCUUGUGCUGCUCAUUGUCAUUUCUCUGAUCCCGAUAUUUUGGAAAAACAGGAUAAAACCUGCUAUGUGGCCCACCCUUCCUAACCAUAAGAAAACUUUGGAUAAGCUCUGCAACAAACUAAGAAAGAAUUCUGAUGUAAGCUUCUUCAAUCCUGAGAGUUUUGAAUAUGUUGACGUCCAUAAGGUGGAUAGCAUUUGGGCCAAGUCAAAAAUGGACUGCUUUCAGCAUUCACUGCUCCCCUGGGAUUCAGAUGUUUCAGCAAAGACUGGGAAUGGACUAGAGCAAAAGAACAAGCUGGUUGAUAUCAACCAUGGCUGGCUGAAACUGCCUCUAGCGUAUGAAGGAAUGUGGCCAGCUGAGAUGCUGAACGGGCGAGUGAGCAGAAGUCUCCAGACAUCUGGUGGUGACACCGUCAUCAAUGCCAACCCAUACGAGCAGAGUAGUGAUGGUGGCCAGCAUAGCUGUAGUGAUGCUCUUGGCAAUCAUUCCAGUUCAUCGACAGAUGCUAUGAGCCCCUUGUCUGGAUUAGAGGCCGAUCACUGUCUCCAAGCUUACACAGAUGUUAGAAUGUCAAAUAAAGAAGAGGCUUAUGUCACAAUGGCAAGUUUUUUCAAAAAGAAGGGAAAUGUUGGAAACUAGCAGUGUUGGCACACAGUGUGGUAGACCCCCACAAGUAGCAUUUCAGGACAUUGAGCAGAUCGGUUAGAUGAUUAUAUCAGACUUUAAUUUAACUGCUAGCCUAGUAGCCGUAAGCAAUAAAGAAUUCCAUGCAGGCAAAUGCUCCCUGCAUAGAAACCGUGGGCUGCUACAGAAGAGAAGCCCUGUCCUUAGUGCCCAGCAUAGAAAUAUAGCAGGCUGUUUCUGGAGGGUCACAGCUCUCCAUCCCUCUUCUGUUAGCCAUCAAUAGGCAAUUUUUUUUCCAGGCUAGUAACUUUUGUGGACUUAUUUACAGGACUGAUUUACACAAUCUACUCUUUUCCCACACUGAUUUCUUUUGCCCUGCCCUGGCUCUGAUGUUUGCUGCUCAGCUUUUAACUAAUGUGUGUCAGGGACAGGUUCUGCUUUUCUCAUCAUUGUAGCAACAUGGAGAAGCUGCACUAGUAGAACCACGGCCUACUCUCAGCUCUUAAAAAUAUUAUAGGUCAGGUGGGAUCUGAAAACCCUCUUUCACCUUUCAGUUUAGUCUGUAUUUAGAUUUUUGCCCUACGGACAAGUUGGCUGCUGCCGUAAACAUGUGUGUCAAUGCAAGCAAUAUUUCCUUCCAAGCAAUGCAACAAAACUGUUUAGGAAAGAACAGGUACUUUAAGGUUUGUCUGUUUUUCAAUGGACACUUGCCAAAAUAAGGGCCAGCUGCAUUCUAAAUAUUGGUGUGUACAAAAUACUGAAACAUUUACAGAGAUUUCAUUAAAACCAGCCAAGAGAACAACCAGAAGACCAGGUUACAGAGGUGAUUUUACGGCAUUCAUUGGCAAUAUUCCCUCAAUUGUCUUUUGCAGAAAAAGCAUUGAAAAGUUGCACAAGAGCACAUUCAUUCUAACAGGGUUUCCAUGGGAGAAGUUGCCAAUGAAUUGUACACACUCAUUUUUCUUUCUUACGCUACAAAAAUCCAGUUCUCAAUUGAUCCUGAGAAGGCUUGGUGAUGAUGAAAAUGUUCCAGACCUUUAACAGCAUUAUUCCAAAAAGGCUUAACAUUGGAGUGGAAGAACAUUCCAUUCUGUCGAACUGUGUUUUGUAUUACAAAGGUGACUCCUGGCUAGAGUUGGCAGACAAACUUGAUUCAUUUCGCAUUAAUGACUUACUGAAUUCACACUUCCAGAAACAAUAUGUGGACUGAAACACAGCCAUCCUUGAAAUUCACUUUCCCAAACUUUGCAGUGCAGUUCUCCAGCCAAGCAAUGUGUACAAAAAUACAUAAAGUGUUUAUAUAAAUGCAUAUAUUAAUGAAAAUAACACUUUAUAUUAAGGGAAAUGUUUUGCAAAAAUAUGGGUAUUAGGAAAAAUUGAAUAUAGUAACGUGCAGGAGAAAUUUGCACUAGAACGCUGAGAGAACUUAACAAAAAACCUGUUGCGGAAAUGUGGAGAACUGAAUUUUAGAAUGGGAAAAAUGAAGAACAGAGAGAAACUGAAAUUGACAGAUUUGCCCAUCCCUACUCCUGGCUGAUCAACAUUAGGAGAGCCCUGCUGGAUCAGAACAAACCAUCUAGCACCCUGCCCCCCACAGUGGCCAACCAUAUAAUUGAUAGACAUGCUCUUCAUUAAUUUGUCUAAUUCUCUUAGUUAGCUGUCAGCACCCCAACUUGUGGCAACGGAUUCCAUAAAUUGUGUGUUGUGUGAACAAGUACUUAACUUUUGUUUCUCCUGAACAUGUUUAUAUAUGUUAUUCCACCCAUACAUUUUAUAUGUAUUGGUUAACAUGGCUAUUAGUUCAUUGGCUGCUACUGGAGCAAGUUAAAACUUGAAUUCUAUCAUGAAAUGCUGCUUAGUUUUUCCAUGUAGCCUUUUCAAAUGCUCCUUCAAGGAUUCCAGGAUGCUGUCAGUGCAAUCCAAUACAUAUCUAGUCAGAACUAAGCCCCGUUCCAAUCAAUGGGACUUAUUCCCAGAUAUUAUUGGAUUGCAGCUUAGCCGAUAUAUGGUGAUUUUGCCGUUUACUGAUGAUACAUUUUUGCUGCUGAAGGUUUAGCUGAUGUAUUAUUGGUUCAGUUUUUAGGUUAUUGUAUGGCUUUUACAGUAUUGUUCUUAUUUCUGAUUUUAUGCUUUACACUCUUGAAUUUUGUUUCUUGGAGACUACUGAUAUGACAAGCAACUAGUAGAUUGAAUAAAUAAUGAUAAUGAUCUAAUGGUGUUUGCCUGCUAAUGCAAUGAAAAUUUGCUUGCACAAGAAGACUUCUCUUGUUGCUCUUCUCCUCUCUCCAGCUCCCCCUACCCUAUGCCCUCAAAAUGUAUUCCAGCAGGUUUGCCAACUCUCUGGAGCAGAACCUGGGGGUGCGCGGAGGGUAGCAGCAAGGAGGAGAUGAAAGAGAAGCCCCAUUGUGCAGCAGAUACCCACUUGGGGUAUGUCUUUGGAUCUCACGCUGUUUCUUGUUAUCAUCAUGGACUUUAUUCUUAUACCACGUGUAGCCUUGUCAUAUAGUUUUGUUAUAACAUCUAGCUGGGUAUUUUGUUUUUAAAGGAGGAAGUAGUUUCAGCUGGUGAAUUUUGAUACUGAGAGUUUAUGCAUGAAAAAAAUUGUCUCAAAUACUG